GCCAUUCGUCUUCAAUAUCUAAACCCAUCAACUUCAUUUCUUAACCACAAGCCUUCAGAUUUUCUCCCAGUUCAAUUCAGCCUCUGAAGAACCCGUCAAUGGCUCCUUCCAACGAGUCUCGCCACUCUCUCGUCCCUCAAUUUCUCUACUCAUCACCGUCAUCAUCGAAGAGGCUCUUCCACUUGGAUAGUUUCAUGAACAAGAAUCACGGGUUGUCACCGACGACGUCGUGCUCUGUAGCUUCGAAUUCAUCAUCGUCAUUGCCGCCGCCGCCGGGAAGGAGUUUUGUGAUCCCGUCGCCCAACGAGAAGAUCGAGUUGUUUUCUCCGGCUUACUUCGCCGCAUGUGGAGUCGGAGGGUUGCUGUGUACUGGUCCUACCCACAUGGCCGUCACUCCUCUCGAUGUUGUGAAGUGUAACAUGCAGAUCGAUCCAGGAAAGUAUAAAAGCAUCAUGUCAGGAUUCGGUGUUGUUACGCGGGAGCAGGGUAUCAAGGGUCUUUUUAAGGGUUGGGCGCCAACUUUGGUGGGUUACAGUGCUCAGGGAGCUUGCAAGUAUGGAUUUUAUGAGUUCUUCAAGAAGUACUACUCAGACAUUGCUGGCCCUGAGUAUGCAGCCAAGUACAAAACAUUGAUAUACCUUGCUGGUUCAGCUUCAGCAGAGGUCAUUGCCGAUGUUGCCCUUUGUCCCAUGGAAGCUGUCAAAGUUCGCGUACAGACUCAGCCUAGCUUUGCUCGUGGCUUAGCAGAUGGUCUCCCCAAGAUUGUCAGAGCUGAAGGUGCUCUUGGGUUGUACAAGGGACUUGUUCCUUUAUGGGGGCGUCAGAUUCCAUAUACGAUGAUGAAAUUUUCUACUUUUGAGAAUAUUGUGGAGAUGACGUACAAACAUAUCAUCCCUACCCCUAAAGAGCAGUGCAGCACUGCUGUGCAACUUGGAGUGAGUUAUGCAGGAGGGUAUUUGGCCGGCAUUUUCUGUGCACUCGUCUCUCACCCUGCUGAUAACCUCGUUUCUUUCCUCAACAAUGCCAAAGGAGCCACUGUUGGUGAUGCUGUGAAGAACAUGGGGCUGUGGGGUCUCUUCACUCGAGGCCUUCCUCUUCGUAUAGUUAUGAUUGGAACGCUAACAGGAGCACAAUGGGGAAUCUAUGAUUCUUUCAAAGUGUUUGUGGGACUGCCUACUACUGGCGGAGCUCCCCCUCCGGCUGCCACAGGGGUUGCUAAUGCAUGAAAAUCUGAAGCAGAGACUGCAAACUUCCUCUGCAUUCACAAAACAUAAUAUUAGUUAUUACAGAUAUAGGGAACCUUUUGAGUGGCCAGUGAACUGAUUUAGCUUGUCAUUCCUUUGAAUGAAAAUAAUAAUUAUCAAUUUUUUGUAUUGCUUUUUUGCCAAUUCAUUUGUAUAUUUUACUCAAGAUAAUAAAUAUUAUUUUUGCAUACAAUACAAUAAUAACCACCUUUUCUCA